AUGAUCAUCACUCAACUUCAACUUCUCAUUCAUCCCUUCACGAAAGUAGAAGAAUCCUUUAAUUUACAUGGAAUCUAUGAUUAUCUAUUUCAAUCGACUUGGUCAACUUGGGCACAUCAAGGUGAUCAUUUAACUUUUACCGGUCCGAUCCCUCGUACUUUUUUAGGUUCGAUUAUCGUUGGUUUCAUUUCUUCUCCUAUUAUUUCGAUUUUCAAAACUUUGGGCUUUUUGAAUUCUAAAUAUGGUCAACAUUUAGUUCGAUCAAUCUUGGCUAUCAUCAAUUCAUCUUCGAUUGCUUACUUUGGACUUUGUACAAGAUAUGUGUUUGGGAAUUCGAUUGGGAUGAUGACGAUCAUCUUAUCAAGUUUACAAUUCCAUUUACCAUUUUACUCUUCACGUACAUUACCUAACAUGUUCGCCUUCUCUCUUGGUCCGUUAUUGAGAUGUGGAUCUUUGUUAUCAUUGGCUGCAGUGAUCUUUAGACUUGAACUCUUGGCUUUACUCUUUCCAAUCACUCUGUUCAGUUUGAUCUCAAGAUCUGUAUCGAUUUGGGAAGUCUUGACAAGAGGUUUCUUAGUGGUCUUUGCUGCACUUGAGGUCACUGUACCACUUGAUUCUUAUUUUUGGCAAAAGUUCACUUGGCCAGAAGGAUCUUCUGUUUUCUUUAAUGUGAUUCAAGGUCAUUCUUCAGAUUGGGGUAUUAUGCCAUGGCACGAAUAUUUUACCAAAAGUUUACCAAAGUUAUUAGGAUUAAGUUAUCCGAUUGGAUUGAUUGGAUUUCUAAUUGAUCGAAAAACUUCAUUCUUAGGCAUCAAUUGUUUAGUUUUUAUUAGUUUAAUGUCUUUUUUAAAACAUAAAGAAUGGAGAUUUAUUGUUUAUGUGAUUCCGAUCUUUAAUUUAUCGACUUCAGUUUGUUUAACUAAAAUUGGGAUGAUGUGUCCUUCAAUCAAGAAUUUGAGAUGGUACCUUUUUACUCUGAUUUGUCUGAUCACUGUCUCUCAAACGGUUUUUACGAGUUAUAUUUCAUACCAUAAUUAUCCAGGUGGAAGAGCCUUGAAAGAUUUACAUUCGAUUCCAAGCCUUGCAAACCGUUAG